GCCGAACGCUAGGUCGAAGCAGAACUGCGCCUUGUCCUCCCGGAGCCAGCCUCCCGGUCUCCUAGGGAAACCGACACACCGAGCCCCGGACAGCAGCUCGGCUCGGGUGCAGCGCGGGGCUUUCUCGCACCGACCUGCCGGCACCUAGCCAUUUGGACCACCUCCGCUCCGCCCUCCGCCCCCAGCUGAGAUCCCGCCCAGAAGGGGCGCCCCUGCCACGGUCAAGGGCUCCCGCUUGGCUCUGGGGCUUCUCGAAGGCGUUUUGGCUGGGCCCAACUGCACCUGGGCAGCUUCCGCCUAGGACGCUACCCCCGCGCGCCGCCAAAAGAACUUUCCCCGGAGCCCCCGGGGCCUGGCGCGCCCGGGGCACACCCCCGCCCUCCCUCCGCGUUCCCAGCCAGGGCGCCGGGUUCUCAGCGCGAUCGCCUGCCUGUCCUCGACUCCCGGUUUUUCUGAAUGUCCUGCAAAAGCAGGGCUCUGCCGCGGAGGUAGGACAUUCUGCGAGGGAGUGCUUGAACUUGGCCACACACGAACCCCGGUAAUGAGUUCGGGGGGCUCCAGACCGGACCCCUGCCCCGCGACGAGCUGACGUCCCCUAGCAGAUCUCGGUCUGUGGAGGGGCCGCGUCGCCCCCGCCUUCAGAAGAGUCAGAGCCUGAGCCGCAGGAUGCGCGGGGACGCGCCGCCGCCCUCCGCGCCCAGUUCCGCCGGCCCUUCCCCGGCGGCUGCCGGGCGCUGACUUUCCAGCCCUCUCCGCCCUCCUCGCUUUUGGCGGCGCCAGGAGGCUCGGUUCCGGACUCCACCGGGAGCAGCUUCUCUCGCUUUCGCCACACGGCGCAGACAGUAAAUUAAUGCUUCGUGUUUGAGGGGAGGGGGCGGCUUGGCGCCUCGGUCACAGCUUUCUCGCCUGGCUGGAGACGGUUACAGUCGACAUGGGCUGUUUCUGCGCUGUACCGGAAGAAUUUUACUGCGAAGUUUUGCUCUUGGAUGAAUCCAAAUUAACCCUCACCACCCAGCAGCAGGGCAUCAAGAAGUCAACAAAAGGUUCCAUUGUCCUUGACCAUGUCUUCCGUCACAUAAACCUCGUGGAGAUAGAUUAUUUUGGACUGCGUUACUGUGACAGAAGCCAUCAGACAUAUUGGCUGGAUCCUGCAAAAACCCUUGCUGAACACAAAGAACUGAUUAACACUGGACCUCCAUAUACUUUGUAUUUUGGUAUUAAGUUUUAUGCUGAAGAUCCAUGUAAACUGAAAGAAGAAAUAACCAGAUAUCAGUUUUUCUUGCAGGUGAAACAAGAUGUGCUUCAGGGCCGGCUGCCCUGCCCCGUCAACAUUGCUGCUCAGCUGGGAGCAUACGCCAUCCAGUCUGAACUUGGAGAUUAUGACCCGUACAAGCAUACUUCAGGAUAUGUGUCAGAGUACCGGUUUGUUCCUGAUCAGAAGGAAGAACUUGAAGAAGCCAUAGAAAGAAUUCACAAAACACUAAUGGGUCAGGCUCCUUCUGAAGCUGAACUGAAUUACUUGAGGACAGCCAAAUCCCUGGAGAUGUAUGGUGUUGACCUCCAUCCUGUCUAUGGAGAAAACAAGUCUGAGUAUUUCUUAGGAUUAACUCCUAUUGGUGUUGUUGUCUACAAGAAUAAAAAGCAAGUGGGGAAGUAUUUCUGGCCUCGGAUUACAAAGGUUCACUUCAAGGAGACUCAGUUUGAACUCAGAGUGCUGGGAAAAGAUUGCAAUGAAACCUCAUUCUUUUUUGAAGCUCGAAGUAAAACUGCUUGCAAGCAUCUCUGGAAGUGCAGUGUAGAACAUCAUACAUUUUUUAGAAUGCCUGAAACAGAAUCAAAUUCAUUGUCAAGAAAACUCAGCAAAUUUGGAUCCAUAGGUUAUAAGCAUCGGUACAGUGGCAGGACAGCUUCACAAAUGAGCCGAGAUCUUUCUAUUCAACUUCCUCGGCCUGAUCAGAAUGUGUCAAGAAGUCGAAGCAAGACUUACCCUAAGAGAGUAGCACAAACACAGCCAGCUGGAUCAAACAGCAUAAACCGGAUAACUGCAAACCUAGAAAAUGGAGAAAAUGAAGGAACAACUAAAAUUAUUGCACCUUCACCAAUAAAAAGCUUUAAGAAAGUAAAGAAUGAAAACAGUCCUGAUACCCAAAGAAACAAAUCUCAAGCACCGUGGGAAGAAAAUGGCCCCCCGAGUGGGCUCUACAACUCUCCCAGUGACCGCACUAAAUCACCAAAGUUCCCCUACGCGCGGCGCCGAAACCCCUCCUGUGGAAGUGACAAUGACUCUCUGCAGCCAAUGAGGAGAAGGAAAGCCCAUAACAGUGGUGAAGACUCAGAUCUAAAGCAAAGGAGGAGGUCACGUUCACGCUGUAAUACAAGCAGUGGUAGUGAAUCAGAAAAUUCUAAUAGAGAACACCGGAAAAAGAGAAACAGAAUACGGCAGGAGAACGAUAUGGUUGAUUCAGCGCCUCAGUGGGAAGCUGUGUUAAGGAGACAAAAGGAAAAAAACCAAGCAGACCCCAACAACAGGCGAUCCAGACACAGAUCUCGCUCGAGAAGCCCUGAUAUUCAAGCAAAAGAGGAGUUAUGGAAGCAUAUUCAAAAGGAACUUGUGGAUCCCUCCGGAAUGUCAGAAGAGCAAUUGAAAGAGAUUCCAUACACUAAAAUAGAGACUCAGGGUGACCCAGUCCGUAUCAGGCAUUCUCAUUCACCACGAAGUUACCGUCAGUAUCGCAGGUCCCAGUGUUCAGAUGGAGAGCGAUCGGUUCUCUCAGAAGUGAAUUCAAAAACAGAUCUUGUACCACCACUUCCAGUGACUCGUUCUUCAGACGCUCAGGGUUCUGGUGGCUCUACAGUUCAUCAGAGAAGAAAUGGGUCUAAAGACAGCCUGAUUGAAGACAAAUCUCAGACACCUACAAGCAAUCUGGCUGGAAAACACACAGCAAAAACAAUAAAAACUAUUCAAGCUGCUCGCCUCAAGAUAGAGACUUGAUCCUGGUGAAGGGCCAGGGUUGGGAGUGGGAGGGGUGUUGUGUGCCACUGGUACUUUUUAAACUGUGAAUUUACUCAAACCUUGCAAGUGUUUCUUCAGCACAAGAAGGAUCUUUUGGUUCUUUUAAAGGUUAACUACAGCAUACCUGUGCUGAAGGGCCUUUUAACUGGAAGGAUAGUCUUGUAAAAACUCACUUUCCUUUCUGAAACAGGGUAACAAACUAUACAACUCUAUCUUGUAUCUGUCUACCACCAAGACCAGAUGCUUCUGAUCAACCUGGAAUCCUGGCCUGCAGCUGGCUUGCUGUGCAAUAAAUAGUACACCAAGUGGGAGGAAAACAUUCUUCCCAGCUCUAGGUGGUUUUCAGCUUGUGCUGUGGUGCACAAGGACUUGCGGUUUUGCGGCAUCACUUUCAAACUGCAGAUUUUUAUUGAUAUAGUUCUUUGUAAUAUUGUAUUUUGUGGCAUUAAGUUCCACUGGUUAUUUACAAAUGUUGUAAAAAGCUUUUUUAAGUGCUGCUUUUAAUUUCUUAAGUGCCCUAGUUGUGUUUUCUGAGGAAAAAAAAAAAAAAAGGUUAAGUGUGAAUUUCAGUUGUUCUUCCACCUUACUUGCCUCUUCUUGACCUUUCCUCUCCAGUGACUUUUCAAUCUACGGGGAAAAUACAAACCUAUCUUCCAUCCUUUCCUGUCUUUCCAUCUGUGCUUGGAUUCCAUCUCUCCUGAUCUCCUCAGGAUCCUUGUUUCUGCUCUUAUAUCUUCAGUCUUUUCCUUUGAGCUCUUAUCUUUGCCACCUGGGUUUAAAUAUGACAAGGAUUCAACUUUAUCUUCUGUCAGUGUCCUCAAAUCAUCUAAUGCCUACUUAAAACCAUGUCUAAUAUGGAUUCUUCUCCCAUCACUCCAGUAAAACCCCGUACAUGUCACUAAAUCCCAAGCAUUUAUAGGUCUUAGAACAUUCUCUUCUGAUUUAAUGCAAUCCUGUUUUGCUUCUACCAUUCUGAUCAUCCUUUACAGUACAUCCUGCUCCACCUUUUCACUUAUUGGGAUUUUUUUUUUUUUCCAAACCUCAGAUCUAGAGGACCUUUCUCUACCCAGGUUUCAUUUAUACCCAUGGCCUUAAGACUCCUGUGGCUUACACUCCAGUGUUUUGCCAAGAGGCUACUUGGAUUUUUCAAAGGUUUCAACUAGUUAAGCACUGGCCCACAACCUAGACUUAGGGCCAGUAUUUGUCACAGUGCAAGCCUAACUCAAGAACAUCUUUAUUAUCAAAUCCUAUUGACUUUGCCCUUUUAGUACACUGGUCCAAACUAAUCAUCUCUCUCCUGAACAACUGUAGUAGCCUCCAAUUGGCCCACUUGUUCUGAACUGUUCUUUACUAUUCUCAAAUCUUGCUUUAAUAAAACCCAAGCCUUAAGUGAUCUGGCCUUUUUACUACCUCUUCAACAUCAUUUUGUAACAUGCCUAAAUCCUGUAAUAGCCAUCUUACAAACCUCAUUGAGCAUCCAACUCUAAACCAGGGCACUGAGGAGGGAGAGCAACCACAACUGUCAGAUGAAAGCAGACUCAUGGUCAUAUUUUAUAACCUAAAGGUCUCUGUACAUGUCAUUUGCCUAUCUUUGCCUUGCAAAAAAUGGCACCUACCUUAGGUCAACAUUGCUUUCUCAGGUUUCCCUGAUGUCAAAUCCUACCAUGAUAUUUAUCUCAUAAAGCAAGCUUUACUUUUGUGAUAUUUCCUCCACUCAGAUAUAAGGUCCCAGAGGGUGGAAUUGUGUUUGGCUUAUCAUUGUGUUCCCAGGUCCUAGUACAUUGCUUUCAAAUAAAUUUUUUCUGAAUGCCUGAAUACACUGUUUGUUCUUUCCUACUACAUAAAAGGAGAAAAACCUAGUGUCUUAAAUUAAAAGCACAGUACUU